UUUUGAACAAAAUGUAGAGAAAAUAUCCGGCACGCCAUAAAUUUUUCUAAUAUAUUGAACUUUUUCGAAACUAGCAAUGUUACGUUAAUUGAUAUGUCGAAUGAAACAGCGCCGGUUGCACCUUGGCAACUUUGUUCAGUCAUUGCUCAUGCAAUUGUUAUUGUCGUGCAUCUAUGCAAGACGCCUGUAAGUGUGAAAGAAACAACUAAUUAGAAAAACUACACACCCGGAAUUAUUGCCGCAGGUGAAGCACAAGAGAAAACGAAUAAGCCAAAUCGGUGAGUGGUGCCACUUAACGCGACAUUGCUGGAAACAUUCGACGACGACAAGAAGAAAAAAGUUAACGGCGAGCAAAAAGGCAAAGAGCGAAGAAGGUGGAACAAAAAUAUCAAAAGUCCACAAUGGCGAGCACCGGUGUUGUGGUUCCGCGAAAUUUUCGCUUGCUGGAAGAGUUGGAUCAAGGUCAAAAAGGUGUUGGUGAUGGGACGAUUUCCUGGGGUCUCGAAAACGACGAUGACAUGACUCUAACACACUGGAUCGGCAUGAUAAUAGGCCCUCCCAGAACCCCCUAUGAAAAUAGAAUGUAUUCACUGAAAAUUGAAUGCGGCGAUAGAUAUCCUGAUGAACCGCCCGCAAUACGGUUUCUGACAAGGAUUAAUAUAAACUGCAUUAAUCAGAGCAACGGUGUGGUUGAUCACAGAUUAGUGCCCAUGCUAUCCAGAUGGAAUCGGGAAUACACUAUAAAGUCAAUGCUUCAAGAAAUACGUAGAAUCAUGACAUGCAAAGAGAAUCUUAAAUUGGCGCAACCACCAGAAGGCAGCGUUUUUUAGUUGAUCACCUCAAUUGUCGUUACUGGCAAUUCAGCAACAGUUGCCGUUGCUGCUGCUGUUGUCCUGCAGUUGCUGUCAUCAAAGUUGCCGAAAAACGAAGUCAUAAAUCUUCAACGUAAACGUCGUCGUCGUUGUAUAAGUCGCCACCACUUGAACGUCUUCUCCUAUGAGAACGUGUUAUUAUUAUUAUCAUGCUUUUAAAUUUAAUUAAUCAAGUUAAAUCGCAAAAAGGAAACAUCAAAGAAAUAAAGUAACAAAAAUAGUAAUAAUAAGUGGAAGAAAUUUAAACAAAUAAUAAGUAACUAAGAAGGGAAUAUAUGAUAAACUUAAUCACACAAUCAAGUGAAAUUUAGGCGAACACUUGAAGAUUAAGAAGAGAACUACAGUAGUGACGAAAUAUGUGAAACAAACAAACAUAGUAUCUUACGAAUUCAUUAACACCAUAUACACUAGUAUCACACGCCUAUAAUACACACACGGCCGAAGGAAGGAAAAAUUGCAUAACGAUUAGAAUUAUAAAUGCAUAAAAUAUUUAUUAAUUAAUGAAAUAUUAACUUCAACAAUAGAUACAAAAGAAAAGCGAAAUAUGUUCUAUGUGCUGCUAAGUAAUUAUGCAACGCCAAUGAAACGAAAUAAAGUAGUAAACGAUGUUAACAUUCAGCCGAUUGAAAGCGUGCAUUUAUAUGAAGCUUCAAAUAUUGAACACAAAAGAUAUAAGCACCAAACAGCAAAACAACAUCUAUAGUGCAACACACACAGCAGGCAAUUUUCCGAUGGAGCGGCACAGCUGCUGCAUUUAAAAUUGUUUAUUUUUUUGUUCUGUUCUUAAAAGCAAAAUUUGUUGCUCGUUAUAGAUAUUAAUGUUCAAAAAAUAUCUUAAUUCGCUCACUCAAGUUAAAUCGAUCGUGUUUUUCGCUUUUAUUUGUAAUUCUUUGGCAUUCGAAUUUUUUCGAAAAACAUCAAACUCAGUAGAAAUCCGAACUUGAAUGAAGUAUAAAGUGACUGUACAGAAUGGUGCAUUCACAUUUGGCUUCUAAUAAGGAAAUUCCCAUUUUCUUUAAGAUUCUUUUCCUUAAUUACUAUAAAAAAAUAAACUUAAAACAUAAAUAAAUGCAUUAAAAACCAAAAUCUAAAAAUAA